GUAAUUUGUUUUUUAAUUACGAAAAGUAUAAAUUCAUGAACAUUUCAUAGAUUCUACUUAAUUUAUAGGUGAUCUACAAUGGCCCGUACAAUAUUCUUAAGCUUGGCAAUACUAUGUUUUUUGGUGACUAAGUGUAUGACUCAAAAUCCAUUUACAGGUGGAAAUUUAGGAACCAUGGAUUAUUAUGCACAAUGUGCUUCGAAAUUAGAGGUAGAAAAUAAUAGAAUAGAAAAUAAUAGAGAAGCAGCGUUGUGCAUUCAAAGGUGCGUUUUUGAAAAAGAUGGUACCCUCAACAAACAAGGCGUUUUAAUGAAAUCAAAGUUCAUGGAAUACUUAUUUACGGCUUUAUUUAAUAACAAUAAUAAAGUAAUUGCCUCUUUCAAUCAAUGUCUUGGCAAUCUACUCCCGUCAGGUAUUAUUAAAGCAUGCUGGGAUAUUGAUAAGCUCCUAUAUUGUUUGGUAUCAAACUCUGAUGUGUCCUUAGAACAACAACAAUAUAUUCCCGAGGCGCAAUUCCCUCCACAAGAAUGGUAUCAACCUGGAGCAGAUCAAAUGGUACCAAUGAUGGAACCAAAAUUACCUUUUAAUUCUAUGAGACAAGAAAUGCAACCGAUACUAAUGGGAUCACGAUUUGUGUAA